CCCUCCAUGGGGGUUCCCAUGGCAAUUAAUCCACCUCCUGGCUUAAUCGUAAUUAACGGGAGGUUAUUAAUGACCCGGGGGGGGGGGUCACGCGGCCCCACGGGGAGCGGGGGAUGGGAGCGGGGCAGAGGAAGGGGGGGUUGGGCAGGGGACCCAGGCAUCCGGACAGCCUCACCCUGUGGGAACCGCUUCCUCCCCCCCCCCACCCGCCCCCGCCAGGGUUCCUGUUUUUGGGGUGCCCCAGAGGAUUCUGGGUAAUGCUGGGGGGGGGGGGGGUGUAUUUGUGACAAACACACCCCCACCCCCCAGUUUAACCACCGGACCCCUCUGCUCCUCCAUCACAGGGGGACCCAGAUGUCGGGGUCUUCACCCCCCCCCAAAAAAAAAAAAAAAAAAAAAGAGGGACCCAGGCGUCCGGGUGCGCACCGGCUGCCCGCUGCUUCCGCGGGGGGGGUGAAGUGCGGGCAGGACGUGCGGGCAGGGAGAGGAAGAGACAAGGACCCAGGCGUCCGGGUGCCCAACCCCCCCGGUCACUCUCGUUGCCUUCCCACAACUGGGGGGGGGGGAACGGGACGAGGGUUGGGGACCCCAGGAAGGGACAGGGAUGGGGACACGGGUCAAGAAGGGGACAGGAGUGAGGGUCCAGGAGGGGACAAGGAGGAGGACAAGGAUGGGGACAGGGGGUCCAGGAGGGGACAUGGACCAGGGAUGGGGACAGGGGGUCCAGGAGGGGACAUGGACCAGGGAUGGGGACAAGGAGGUCCAGGAGGGGACAUGGACCAGGGAUGGGGACAGAGAGGUCCAGAAGGGGACAAGGAUGGGGACAGGGGGUCCAGGAGGGGACAUGGACCAGGGAUGGGGACAUGGAGGUCCAGGAGGGGACAUGGACCAGGGAUGGGGACAUGGAGCUCCAGGAGGGGAGAAGGAUGGGGACAGCGAUGGGGUGGGUCUAGCAAGGGACAGGGGAUGAGGACAGGGAAUAAGAAGGUCCAGGAGGGGAUGAGGGUGGGGGACGGGGACAAGGAGGUCCAGGAGGGGACAAGGAUGGGGGAGAGUGACACUGGUGGGGCUCCAGGAGGGGAUGAGGGGACAGGGACAGGGAGGAGGCUGCAGGAAGGGACAAGGAUGGGGACAGCGUGGGGUCCAGAAGAGGACGGGGGACAAGGAUGGGGACAAGGGACGGGGUGGCAGGACGUUGAGGGGCUGGAGGACGCACGGCGGGACCCCCGGGGACAUGGAGGGGCCACCGGGGGAGGCGGGGAGGGCACGACAGGAACCGCGGGGGGGUGACAUGGGGCUACACAAGGGGACAUGGAGGAGGACACGGGG